CAGUCAGGGAGGAGGAGAGUAAGAAGGGAAGAUUAAUAUCAACAAGCUGAGUUUAUAACUCGGGAGAAACUUUGCCGCUUUUUUACGAACACGAUUAAGUUUACCACGUUUUUGUGUUUCCAGGGUCACAUAUAUCCCGUGUAAAUACCGGGUAAGUUAUGGGGGAACAGAGUGUGUGGAAGUGGUUUGUUUUUGUGCUCAAACUCGGUGGCUAGUUGUUGCUGUUUCCAGGAGCUAAUGCUAACUUUGCUAACUUUACUCGAGUGGACUGGAGUGAAGUCAUUUUGAGGAAACGCUGCUUUAAUAUGUUCACAAAUCUCUCCGUGUUCGGCUCUAACGCUGUCGCGGGUGGAGUCAGCUCGUCUGCCGGCUGCUGUUGACUCGUCUCCGGUAGUUUUAUGCCUCCGCUCGCAAUGCUCCUCCUGCAGCUGCUUCCACCUGUCAUUUAGCCACUACCGCCGCCGCUGCCUCCUGUCAACCGAUGGCUCACUGCGGUGCUCCCGCAGAGCCCGGCGCUAAAAAGCCGCAGGCUCCUCGCCAGGACGCGAUCGUGUCGCCGCAGGGUAGCGCCGCCGUCGACCAGAGUAUGAAGCCGGUGUUGUUCGAGAUUUUCGGCGAGAUCUGGACCGUCCAGUCGCGCCUCGGCCAGGGAGUAUCGGCCUCCGUGUACCGGGUCAGCUCCGGCAGAGCCACCACCGCCGCCGUCAAGGAGUUCCAGGCCGACACUCAGGGAGGAGAUUACGGCUACCUCAAGGAGAGGUCCGUGCUGGAGGACAUCCAGGGACACAAAAACAUCGUGACCCUGUACGGCGUCUUCACCAACCACAGCUGUAUGGGUGUGUCCACCCGCUGUCUGCUGUUGGAGCUCCUGGAUGUCAGCGUGUCAGAGCUGCUGGUUCGCGGCACCAGUGGUUCACACAGUGGUCGACCCCAGCAGGGUCACUCCAUGUGGCUUCUUCAACACUGUGCCAGAGACAUCCUGGAGGCUCUCGCCUUCCUUCAUAAGGAGGGCUAUGUCCAUGCCGACCUCAAGCCACGCAACAUCCUGUGGAGUGCUGACGACGAGUGUUUUAAACUCAUUGACUUUGGCCUCAGCUUCAAAGACGGAAACCAGGAUGUCAAGUACAUCCAGACAGACGGGUAUCGAGCUCCGGAGGCCGAGCUUCAGAACAGCCUGGCUCAGGCGGGGGUGGAGGUGGAGGGAGACUCUGGCUGCACGGCUGCUGUGGACCUGUGGAGCCUGGGCAUCAUCCUGUUAGAGAUGUUCUCAGGAAUCAAACUCAAAGACACCGUCCGCUCGCAGGAGUGGAAGGAAAACACUGCUGCCAUUGUUGACCAUUUGUUUACCAGCAACAGUCUGGUUUGUCCUGCCAUCCCUGUCUAUCACCUCAGAGACCUUAUCAAAAGUAUGCUUCUCAUAGACCCAAAGCAAAGAUGCACAGCUGAAGCUGCUCUCCUGAGCCCCUUCUUCAGUAUUCCCUUUGCGCCUCACAUCGAGGACCUGGUCCUGCUGCCCUCUCCUGUUCUGCGUCUGCUCAACCUGAUCGACGACAGUCACCUGCACAAUGAGGAAGAAUAUGAAGACAUCCUGGACGACAUGAAAGAGGAGUGUCAAAAGUACGGCUCAGUGGUUUCUCUGCUCAUCCCCAAAGAGAAUCCAGGAAAAGGACAGGUGUUUGUCGAAUACGCCAACUCCAGUGACUCCAAAGAGGCUCAGCGGUUACUGACCGGCCGCACCUUUGACGGGAAGUUUGUCGUGGCGACCUUCUACCCUCUCAGUGCUUACAAACGAGGUUACCUGUAUCAAACUGUGCAGUGACUCAAGUCCUCCACUCUCAGUUUACACCUGACUGAUGAAAACGAUACUGCAGCUGCACUAUAGAACGGGGAGAGUGAAGUUUACACGAGCAGUUUAAAAUUCACUCCGUCAUGAAUGAGUUUAGUUAGAGUUGUGUUUGUGAGGCGAUCUCCGUUGUGCAGAUCGUACAGUGCGCAUUCAUCCAGUGCUUUAUGGUCAACUGAGCUCUGAGGACAGUUCUUUUCUUCCAGUUCACUCUCUCAUUCUCUCUCACUUCUUUACAUUUAAAUAAUCAAAGCUGAGAGAGCGUGUCUUUGCGAUAACAAAAAGGUCUUCAGAACAAAAGUCUGGUUUUGUGCGUUCACACCGUAAAUUAAGCGAUUUUUCCUUUUUUUUACUCACCAAAGUGACACCAGUAAAAACACAAAUGCUACGAAUGCUAUGUUGUUAUCCUAUUCAAAAAAACAUCAAUCAUCAAAAUAGCUGUUGAUUAUCAAUUAUUUGAAUAUUAUAUUUUUAUUUUAUUUUAUAAUACUAUAUUAAUUGCAACCAUAGUUGCUACUUUCUUGGACCGCAAUAAACAAUUAUUUUCAGAAUCAAAUUAAUCUGUGGACCAUUUUCCCGAUGAAUCAAUGAGAUGUUUGGUCCAGAAAACGUUAACCCUAACCCCUGGAAAUAAAAAUGUCCACAAAACAUGAUAUGGAUCAAAGAAACCAGAAAUUCUCAUUUAUUAAGCAAAACAAUCAGAGGUUUUGGAAGAAUCUCAACGCAGUUUGGCUUCUGCGACAUCGCGUCAUGAUUCUCACUUCUCUGCAUUGACAUAAUUGCACAAAACAUUUGUAUCACCUUCAGUGUGAACGCACCAUCAGGUUUAUCUGCUUUAUCUCAUCAGUUGAGACUGGUUUGUGUUUACCUCCCCGUAACAUAUUAGAAUUAAUAGGAGUCUAAUGACUCAAAUAUGUCCUGUGGUGAAACUGAGUCAACUGCCCUGUUUAUUAAUUAAUGAUUAUUACCAUGAAGUCAUGUAAUUGUUGCCUGUUAAUAUUUAGGGCUGGGUACCGCUGCUGAUUUUUCUGAAUCGAGUUCCUAUUCGCAAUUUUUAAUCCAUUAAUUUAGCGAUAUUUCAGUUUUAAACCAGAAUUUUUUUUAAAUAUAUUUUCACAGCACUGAUGCUGCAAAUUGUAUAAAAUCUGCAUCUGAUUGAAAAUAUUUGUUUACAUGAAAGAACUGACCCCAAAGUUGUUAAAUGAAUGCACUUUUUAUUUAAUUUGACCACACAGUGUAACUCUGCAGUACAUUCCUCAUCAGAAGAAGACAACGACAAUAGGAAAAACAAAUAAAAUUGUCAUCUGAGCAACAAUCCUCUAAUUGAGGUUGAGGCUGUCGUCUACACGUGUUCUCAGGCGAGGUUGAGGCUAACAUGUGACGUGACUUCCGCAGCAUAUUUAAAAAGAUAAAUCUUAUCCAGGGAUUUUAUGAAUCUAUAUUGAAUCUUCCAAAUGAAAAUGUAUAUGAAUCGGAAAAUCUUUUUUUUUCUUUUUAUUAUUU